GCCGAAGAAGACCCGGCGGCUGCUUUCCUGGCCCAACAAGAGAGCGAGAUCGCAGGCAUAGAGAAUGACGAGGGCUUCGGUGCACCUGCCCGCAGCCAGGUGGCCUCCGCGCAGCCGGGACCCGCCAGUGGGGCUGGUUCUGAGGAUAUGGGGACUACAGUCAAUGGAGAUGUGUUUCAGGAGGCUAACGGGCCUGCUGACAGCUACGCUGCAAUCGCCCAGGCUGACAGGCUGACUCAGGAGCCUGAGAGCAUCCGCAAAUGGAGAGAGGAGCAGAAGAAACGACUGCAGGAGUUGGAUGCUGCAUCUAAAGUGACAGAACAGGAGUGGCGGGAGAAGGCCAAAAAGGACCUGGAGGAGUGGAACCAACGCCAGAGUGAACAAGUUGAGAAGAACAAGAUCAACAAUCGGAUCGCUGACAAAGCAUUCUACCAGCAGCCAGAUGCUGAUAUCAUCGGCUACGUGGCAUCAGAGGAGGCUUUCGUGAAGGAAUCCAAGGAGGACACCCCAGGCACAGAAUGGGAAAAGGUGGCCCAGCUGUGUGACUUCAACCCCAAGAGCAGCAAGCAGUGCAAAGACGUGUCCCGGCUGCGCUCGGUGCUCAUGUCGCUGAAGCAGACACCGCUGUCCCGCUAGAUGCCUGCCAUAAGCAUGGCCUCAGAGCAUGGGUCGUGCCAGGGCAGAGGAGGAUCAGCUGCCAAGGCCAGGGUGGAAAGUGGAAACCCUCUGGCAGCUGCUACACAGUCUAUUCUGUUCCUGUCCAUCUCCUAGGGUGGGACGGGGGGAUCCUCACCUCUCCCGCUCCUCACUCCCUCCUGGCCCUGUGGUCCAGCCCCUCAUGCCUUCUCUUGGUCCACUCAGUUGUGACUCUCCCUCCUGAUGUAUUUUUUUUUUCUUGGCUUAAAGGGUGUGUUGUUAA